GAUGGGCGCCCCCAUCAAAACAAAAAAUUUAUUAUUUUUUUGAAAAAAGUGUAUUUAGAAAAUGAUAGUUAUUUCUAUUCGGUUGUAAAGGCAUUAAGAUAAGUAAGUAUCAUGUAUUAAAGGCAUUAAGAUAAAAACAUUCAAAAUGCGACGACUACUCAUACCAAGAAAUGUUUCAAGAAAAAAGUUGUUGUUGGCGUCAGUGAUUUGCUUCUAUCUCUUCAUAAGUGAAGUUCUGGUCUACUAUAUACAGAGUUUGCGGUGGCCUGCCAUACCUUCAACUGGUGUGAAAGAGGAUGAGUUAAAAGUGUUGUUUGUUGCUGAUGCACAACUUAUUGGCCAUAGCAAUGAAUUUAAGACAGUUGGCCCUUUUGGGUUUGUGACAAGAAGGGACUCUGACAGAUAUCUGCAUAAAACAUUCAACCUUGCCUACAGCCAUGUCCAGCCUGAUGUAGUGAUAUUCAUGGGAGAUCUCUUGGAUGAAGGAAGCAUUACUACCAAUGACAGAUAUGAGGAAUAUGUCAACAGAUUUUAUGCAAUAUUCCAAAAAGCUAGGGAGAGCAAGAUGAUCUUUCUCCAUGGUGAUAAUGAUGUAGGGGGCGAAGGAUUGGAUAUGAAAACUGACGCUAAAGUUGAGCGAUUCGAAAAAUACUUUGGACCUAUUGCUGGAGUAGUGACUGAAGGAUCUGUAGACUUUGUCAAGAUCAAUUAUGACUUUCCUGAUCGAUAUGCUGAUGAGAAGUUGAUGGAGCUUAAAAGAAUAACUGAUGAAACAAAUAAAAGACAUUUCAAAAUAGUUAUCAAUCAUCAGAGUGUAUUCAAGAGGGCACCAUUUCAGUUCAAGCCAGUGCUUGACAUGGUGGUGCCAAACCUGCUUUUCGCUGCACAUGAACACACUAGUCACGUGAUAGAAUGUUGGAAUUGUUACCUGGGUGGGAACAAUCGUGGUGGUUGGGCCAAACCUGAAGAUGUGGUAACUGUGGAUAUGAAGGACCUUAAGAUGCUGAGAGAGAUAGUCGUACCCACAUGCAGCUAUAGGAUGGGAGUGCCUGACAUGGGCUAUGGUGUCGCAGUCAUAAAUAAAUCUGGUCUGGUGAAGUACACAGUCCUGUGGUUGCCUCAUCGAUACACAGUCCUCUACUCAUAUUUUUUCUUUGUCACUGUCAUCAUUCUUGGCUCAGGAGCCUACUACUUCUUCAUUAGUAGGACAUCAACUCAGCACAGACACUGGAACCAGGCUAAGCUGAAAUCUACCAAGUUCUCUGUCUAAAUUUAGUACGGCAAAUCGAUACAUCAAGUUCUGUGAUACGAACAAUAGCACCUGCACUGCACUUCAUUCAUGUGGAGGUUCUUCAUGGGUCCAAACCUUUUCGAAUCAGUGUGGUAGAUCUUUGUAUGAAUGAGAUUUACAGAAUUGAUGAUUGGAAACUUAUAAUUUGACUCAUUUCUCUCUUGAGCUUGGGAUGAAAAAGGUCAUGUAUAUAAAUGUCUGAAAAGGGGAGAGAUUUGACUUACUAGAGGGGUUGGGUUUCAGGACCUUUGUAGAGCCAAAGUCAAUAUUUGUGGCAGAGAAGUUGAAUGUGUCAAUAGUUUGUUUUUGGCAUAUCAUGAUCUUCAUAUUGUAUUUGUGAUAUUGAUUGUGUUGUGUUGUUGAUCUAGUUGAAGACAAAAUGAAGUACUUGACUGUACAUGUAUUGUGGCCUUGCCAACCAGUCCAGUGGCCAUUGUUCUGUGCAGUAAUUAUUGUGUUUUCAUUGUCUCUUUGAGGAUAUUAUUUGUAGGGACUCCAAUAAAAGUGAGAUCGAACAGUGCUGCUAAUUCUGUAUAUUUACAAUAAAAGUUGUCCUUUAUGUAUGUGGACAGUAUGGCUGUUUUGUUUUAUGGCCAUGCUUAUUGUGCUUGUGUAUAGUGAAUUGUUAGAAAUAUGGUAGAAUUUUUACACUCUCUUAUUUAACUUUAAUGCAGAUUAAGCCUUUUUGUAAUAAAAAAGUAAUCAGUAAUGAUGAUUUCUCUUGAUUUCCUUUGGCAAAACUACCAGACUGACAAGUUGGUUGUUACAUUUACCUUUCUCAAUUGCCAGGUCUGGUGAAUUUAGUAUCGUAUGAGGUUCCACAUUUCUCUCUGCUUGUAGUAUUAUUGUCAUGUGUCUGCUGAAUGGACCAACCAAACCCAUCAAUUUUCAUUGCAUUGUAUGGUAGUGCCAUCUGUAGCUGGUAACUGUAACUACCUAACUCGGGAG